CAGCUUCCCUCCUUAAGGUGGCUGGGCAUGGGCAGCCCAGGCUGCUCGUACAGCUGCAGACACUGCUGAAAUAAUUCGAUCAAACACUGUUAAAGAAGUCUGCAAGUUCGCUCUCAGUCCUUACAGAUACCCAAUAUAAGAUUCAGGGGCUUCUCCUAAUUUCCUUUGCUGCCUGAAUUGCAGUGGAGAGAAGUUGGGAGGAGUUUUGCUGGCACAGGCAGGAAAUGGUUAAGAGCCCUUCAUAUCACCUGGGAAAGCGAUUCUUUGAUUUUUCAGAGGGCGCUAACAUGCUGCAGUUCAUGGGGAACAAAGGGAAGGAGAUCAACUAUAAAAGUUGUUCUUGGAUUUUAUUUUCCGUGGCAGAACGUGCGAGGGCUGGACACUGAUGUCUGCUGAAAAAUAAGGGAUUUUGGAUUAAAAAGAUUUUUUUUUUCUUCUUAUCUUCGUUCGGAAAAUGAUCUGUGAAGUAACUCUGAUUUCAACCGGUGACUUUAGAUAACUUCUUUUUGACUGAGAGUGAAAACAGAUGUUUGACUGUCCAAAGCGUGAUCGGAUGGCAACACCUCAGGCACAGUCACUGGGAGCAAGCCCUGUGUGAAGGGAAAUCUUUACAUCCUGUGGAGAGCACUGUGAGCCAUCCAUUUACCUUGGAAAUGCCAAACUGAAAGUGAAUAGUACUCUCACUCUUGGCAAGGUUAAUUACAGCUUGCUCAUUGAGAUUAUUUUCUAGGCCUUGGUGCUCUGCUUUGGAUUCUCUCCAGUCAUCCCAUCAUCUAUCUUGAAGUGUGUUGCCUCAAACUGGACACAAGACUUCAGCAGAAGCUUUACCAGCCCCAACUGGAGGGAGAGAACACCUCAACUGGUCUCAGUGGUGUCAGAAAGAUGAAUUUUCUCCUGAGCUUCUUUUCCCCACUCUGAGUUGCCACAAGUACUUGUUCAAGUCUGGCUGAUGUCCAUGUGAUUUGGCACCUGAUUUAUCUGUUCUCUGUCUCAGCUUCCUUACAAGUCAAAAAGAAAAACUUCUGUAUAUAUUUUACCUCCUAUUUAGCCAUCUGAAAUUCUUGGAUGAGGGGCACAUGUAAAGUGUGGCUGUCCUCAUAAACUGAAAAAUAUGUCUAUCCGAGGCCUGAAGAAGAAACAACCAAAGACAUUUAAAGUCAAAAUUAUAACAGUGGAUGCUGAAAUGGAAUUCAGCUGUGAGAUGAAGUGGAAGGGAAAGGACUUGUUUGACUUGGUGUGCCGAGCACUUGGUUUAAGGGAGACCUGGUUCUUUGGUUUGCAGUAUACAAUGAAGGGAAUGUGCACCUGGUUAAAGAUGGACAAAAAGCAGGUUUUAGAUCAAGAAAUCCCCAAAGAAGAUCCCAUUAGCUUUCAUUUUUUGGCUAAAUUCUACCCCGAGAAGGUAGAAGAGGAACUGUUACAGGAAAUUACCCAGCAUUUAUUCUUCCUUCAGGUUAAGAAACAGAUACUGGAUGAAGAAAUCUAUUGCUCUCCAGAGGCAACAGUUUUACUGGCUUCUUAUGCUGUUCAGGCCAAGUAUGGUGACUACGACCCAAACUUUCAUGAGCCAGGCUUUCUAGCCCAUGAUGAACUUUUACCCAAACGGGUCCUCAGGCAGUAUCAAUUGACAGCAGAGAUGUGGGAAGAAAAGAUUACUGCUUGGUAUGCUGAGCACAGGGGUAUUGCUAGGGAUGAAGCUGAGAUGAACUACCUGAAAAUUGCCCAAGACUUGGAAAUGUAUGGUGUCAAUUAUUUUCCCAUUGCUCAAAAUAAAAACCAUACAGAUCUCCUACUUGGAGUUGAUGCCAAAGGUAUUCAUAUCUACAGCAUUAAUAACAGGUUCUCUCCAAAUAAGUCAUUUGAGUGGAGUGCUAUCAGAAACAUUUCCUAUAGUGAGAAGGAGUUAACUAUUAAACCUCUUGACAAAAAAGCAGAAGUCUUCAAGUUUUUUUCCUCUCAGCUAAAAGUAAACAAAUUGAUUUUGCAGUUGUGCAUUGGAAACCACGACCUGUUUAUGAGGAGAAGAAAAGUGGACUCAAUAGAAAUCCAGCAAAUGAAAGCACAAGCUAGGGAAGAAAAGGCUAGAAAAAAGAUGGAGAAUCAAAGGCUGGCCAGGGAGAAGCAGCUCCGAGAAGAAGCUGAGCGAGCCAAAGAAGAGCUGGAAAGGCGUCUCUUCCAGCUGGAAGAUGAAGCCAGGCAGGCCAAUGAGGCCCUGCUCCGAUCCCAGGAAGCGGCAGAGCUGCUGGCAGAGAAAGCUCAGAUUGCGGAAGAAGAAGCAAAACUGCUGGCCCAGAAUGCUGCAGAAGCAGAGCAAGAGCGACAGAGGCUGGAGAUAACAGCUCUGAAAACCAAGGAGGAGAAACGCCUGAUGGAGCAAAAGAUGAGGGAGGCAGAGCUGAUAGCAGUGAAGCUGGUGAAGGAGUCUGACCGGAGAGCCAAGGAAGCAGAGCAUCUGAAACAAGAUCUGCAUGAAGCCAGGGAGGCUGAACGGAAAGCCAAGCAGAAGCUAUUAGACAUAACCAGGCUUAAUUACCCUCACAUGGUCAAGUACCCGCAAUAUUUGCCAACGGACACUAGAGAUGCCAACUUUGACAAAGGGUCCAUCAAGCUGGAUUUGAAGGACGUUGACCUGAAGAGACUCUCCUUUGAGAUAGAGCGAGAGAGGCUAGAUUACUUAGAAAAGAGCAAGAAAUUUGAAGAUCGACUGAAAGAACUCAAGUCUGAAAUUCAUGCUUUGAAGCUAGAAGAAAAACAGUCUGGGCUUUACUCUCAUUGGACUGAAGUCCUGGGAUCCUUGGAUCGCUCCUUAGGAAAUACCCCGUCAUGGAUGAAAACCUUCGAAACUGGAGAUUCGCUGGAUAUAAAUCUUCAAAGACCUUUCCCUGCUUACUCAUUAAAUACUACAAGCAGCUGGCCUUGUACCAACAAAAUUCAGCAUGCAGUGCCAGUGGAAAAGUCAUCUUUUCAAACAAAUUCCUUGGUUGCCAAUAGUGUAGGCACAGGAUCCAGAAAACAGAUUAUAAAGGUUCAGCAGCAUGACUCGGAUGUGAUCUACAUUUGAAGAGUCUUGUUUCCUUACCAGACGGGUAGAACCUGAUUGCUGUCUGUUUGGCUGCUGCAAAAUGCACCUAUGGGAGGACAUUCGUGCAGCUCUGUCUCCUGACAGUCAUCGGCAUAAAGACUUGGUUCUAUCGUUAUUGGUGCCAUUCGGUUUCCAGGCAGACAACAUAAGCUGGGAGCAUUAAAACUGCCGGUGUAAAAUGGCUGGUGUCUUUGGGUCCAACGGUAAACAUACAAACCCAAAGGAGCAUUGUUUACUUUUUAUGCACUUUUGAAAAAACACUUUACACUUCAUUGAACCUUCCCCCUGGGUAUUUUUACACACUGACUUACCAGCUUGGUACUCUGUGUGUGUAGAAAGGAUGCCAGGCAGCGAGUGUCUGGGAGAUGUUUGGGAUGAGGAAAAAAUAAAUAAAUUGUACGUGACCUUAGUGUUUACCUCCACAAUAGACUAAUUCUGUUUUUGGUCCUGUCCAUAGGGCAUGACUCUCACAGAGCUGUUCAACGUUUUAGUGUUUGCCUGCCAAAUAUUUUCCUUUUCCUCCCAAAAUGUUUCUCUGUUCACUUAAUUGAUUUGCAUUUCUCUGUGAGAAAUCUCAGCUUGUAAUUCCAGAUGUAGAAUUGGACAUCUUCAAAUACCUCUCAUUCCUGGGGGAAUCCUUUAUUUGGAAUGCAAAGCUUCUGUUCUCUCUACAGUUUCUGACUAGAUCAAGCACUUUCUGUUGCUUGCCGCUCCAGCAAACUUUGCAUACAUUAACUUGUUUCCCAAUUCUCUGUAACACAGCUUCCAAAUUAGACAAAGACAAAAGAUGUUAUUGGUGUCUGCUAAAGUUGGACUUGCUUUUGAUGGAGAGGUGCGUGCAGCAAAAUGUCUGCCUCAUUAGUAAAAUCUACUUGCAUUUUCUAGUUUUGUGUGUGUUUAAGUGCCUGUUUGACCAAUAAAUCCUCAGUCUGAGGAUUUCUGGGGAAGCGGAGACAAUACGCAGCUGUAGCUAAAGUAGUAGCACAGUUGAGCAUGUGAAAUGUGAUGUAAAAAAUGGAUGUUAAUGUUAAAUAUCUAGUUCUAAAGGCUUAGAAUAAAAAAUACAUUCAAUAAAAAGCUUGAAUUUUCACUUGCUAGUAA